AUGGCCUCCUCGCCGGCACCGUCAUCUAUCGCGAACGCCGUACUCCCCCCGCCUCCUUCCCCCGCCGGAGGAGACGGAGACGGAGCCCUGGACGAUGCGUGGUACGGCAACAUCCAAUACCUCAUCAACAUCUCAGCCGUCGGUGCCCUCACCUGCCUGCUGAUUUUUGUCUUCUUAAAGCUCCGCAGUGACCACCGCCGCGUGCCUGGGCCCACCGCCAUCGCCUCCAAGCUCCUCGCCGUCUGGCACGCCACCAGCCGCGAGAUUUCACACCACUGUGGUGCCGACGCCGCCCAGUUCCUGCUCACAGAAGGCGGCACCUCCGCCAUCCUCCUUGUCCUUGCUGCCUUGGUUGCCAUCGUCGUUCUUCCCAUCAACAUCUACGCAGGCAAUGCACCGAUUUCAGAUGAAUUUUCCAAGACCACCAUAAAUCACAUCGCUAAAGGUUCGCCCCUGCUUUGGGUCCACUUCAUUUUUGUAGUUGUGGUUGUGUUUAUGGUCCAUUAUGGGAUAAAUGAUAUAGAAAGAAGGUUAAGAAUCACGAGAUUCCGAGAUGGGAACGGAAAUCCUAGCGAGCCAAGUGCGAACUCGAGUGCGAUCUUCACCAUCAUGGUCCAUGGAGUUCCGAAAACCUUAGGAUUUGAUAAGACUCCAUUGGUUGAGUAUUUUCAGCACAAGUAUCCUGGAAAGAUUUACAGAGUAGUAGUGCCAAUGGAUUUGUGCGCAUUGGACGAUUUAGCUACGGAGCUGGUGAAAGUGCGGGAGAGUAUCUCAAAGAUGGUUGAGAAAAUUGAAUCAAAGGGAUUGGUAGAUGAGAUCGAGGAUAUCGAAGAUGGAGGACAGGAUGCAGGGUUUUGGGGUCGGUUUCGUUUUCUCUUGAGAAGGAUGAAGGAUUUGUGGUACAGAGCUUUACACGAACUAGGUUUCUCGGAUGAGGAAAGACUGAGGAAGCUGCAAGAGUUGAGGGCCGAUCUGGAGAUGGAGAUGGCAGCUUACAAGGAAGGACGGGCAAGGGGUGCUGGAGUUGCCUUUGUAGUUUUUAAGGAUGUCUACACGGCCAACAAGGCUGUUCAGGAUUUCCGAAAUGAAAAAACGAGGCGAAUUGGGAGGUUCUUCUCUCUAAUGGAGUUGCAGCUACAGAGAAACCAGUGGAAAGUCGAACGAGCUCCAUUGGCCAGCGACAUAUACUGGAACCACUUGGGAUCUUCGAAAUUUUCCCUAAAAUUACGAAGGGUCCUUGUCAACACAUGUCUUCUUUUGAUGCUCUUGUUCUUCAGUUCUCCUCUUGCUGUGAUCAGCGCCAUCAAGAGUUCUGCCAGGAUUAUCAAUGCUGAGGCAAUAGAUAAUGCCCAGAUGUGGCUGACUUGGCUCCAGAGCUCGAGCUGGGUAGUCACCAUAAUAUUCCAGUUCCUGCCUAACGUAAUUGUUUUCGUGAGCAUGUACAUAGUCAUACCCUCAGCUCUUUCGUACCUAUCAAAGUUCGAAAGGCAUCUCACGGUGUCCCGCGAACAACGAGCCGCGUUAUUAAAAAUGGUCUGCUUUUUUCUCGUCAACCUCAUUCUCUUACGGGCCCUGGUCGAGUCUUCUCUAGAGGGUGCUAUUUUAAGGAUGAGCAGGUGUUAUUUGGACGGCGAGGAUUGUAAAAGGAUCGAAGAAUACCUGAGUACAUCUUUCCUGUCGAGAUCAUGCCUUUCUUCCUUGGCUUUUCUGAUCACGAGCACUUUCCUUGGAAUUUCUUUUGAUCUGCUUGCCCCGGUACCUUGGAUCAAGAAAAAGCUGCAGAAAUUCCGGAAAAACGACAUGCUCCAGCUUGUGCCAGAAAGAAGUGAGGAUUAUCCUUUGCAACAUCAGGAAAUUGAUAGUUUAGAAAGGCCCUUGAUAUCUGAAAGGAUUACUGUCAACAGUAGCAACGGGUUUUCCAAUGGGUCAUCCCCAACUGCAAUAGAUUUUCCUGGGCAGGACUUGUCCGAGUACCCGCCAGUCAGCAGCCGGACUUCACCUGUACCCAAACAAACGUUUGAUUUUGCUCAGUACUACGCGUUUAACCUCACCAUAUUUGCCUUGACACUGAUUUACUCAUCUCUUUCCCCACUUGUGGUCCCAGUGGGUACAGUUUAUUUCGGGUACAGAUAUGUCGUUGAUAAGUACAAUUUCCUGUUUGUGUAUAGAGUGCGGGGUUUUCCAGCUGGCAAUGACGGCAGGUUGGUAGAUACAGUUCUGUGUGUCAUGAGGUUUUGUGUUGACCUGUUCCUAGUCUCGAUGCUGUUGUUCUUUUCAUUGCAUGGGGACUCAACUAAGCUUCAGGCAAUAUUCACUCUUUGUCUUUUGGUGGUUUAUAAACUUUUGCCGAACGAUUUGGAUGGUUCUCGACCGGCUUUGUUGCAGGGGAUGCAUAGUGUUGAUAGUGUGAUUAAUGGGUCCCUGGACUACGAGGCAUUUUCACGGCCUACGUUUGAAUGGGAUGUUUACAGUUUAUGA